GACCCCCGACUCUGCGCGGCAGCGGCUCUGUAGUCCUAGGAGCGGCCCGAGAGCGGCGGCGACAAGGCGACUUGUACCGAAGGCAGUGAAAAGCGGGGCCGGGGGCGAGGGUCGGGGCAGACGCGCACGGCACACGCCUCACUCCCCCUCCCCGCGGCGCGGUGGUGCAGCCCGCCCGGAGGAGGCGGGAGCGGCGGGCAGCGCCUCCCUGCUCGGUGACACACGCCCGGUGCGGAGAGGUGGCGGCUGGUCGGGCAGCGGCAGCGGGCGGGCGUCGUAGCGGCGGCGGUUGGGAGCCUAGCCCGGAGGAUGGCAGAAGCCGGAGCUGCUGCGGAGGCCACGGCCGGUUUUCUCUCUUCGCCAGCUCCUCCCGCUUCCCGAGAACUUUCUCCCGUGGCCAGCAGCGGUGCCUUCUCCCGGUGGCGGCGGCUCCGGGUGCGCUCGGCGGUGUCCCCCGGGCCGCGGUUGGGGCUGCUGGCGCUGGUUCUCUGCCGCUUUUGCUGCGGUGCCUUAGCUGGACCAAUUGUUCACCCUCAGGUGACAGCGGUUUGGGGGAAGGAAGUUGAACUCAAGUGCAUAAUUGAUGUCAAAGAAACAAUAACACAAGUUUCUUGGGAGAAGACACAUGGUAAAAGUUCAGAGACUAUUGCAGUACAUCAUCCUAAAUAUGGAAUAUCUAUUCAAGAAGACUACCAGGGAAGAGUGUCAUUUAAGAACUACUCACUCACUGAUGCAACAAUCAUCUUAAAAAAUGUGAGCUUUUCCGAUGCAGGAGAAUAUAUUUGCAAGGCAGUUACAUUCCCACUUGGAAAUAGAGAGUCAUCAAUAACUGUGACAGUGCUAGUUGAACCUGUUGUGAGCUUAAUAAAAGGACCAAGCCCUCUCAUAGACGGUGCCAAUAGGACAGUAGCAGCCACUUGCACAGCAGCCACUGGAAAACCUGCUGCAGAGAUUGACUGGGAAGGAGGUCUGGGUGAAAUGGAAUCCAGCUCUACAGUCUUUCCAAAUGGAACAGUGACAGUUGUAAGCCAGUAUGUGAUUGUCCCUACACGAUUUGCAAGAGGAAGACUCAUAACUUGCAUUGUAAAGCACCCUGCUUUGGAAAAGGAGAUAAGAUACCCUCAGGUGUUGGACAUACAGUAUGCCCCAGAAGUCUCAGUCACUGGCUAUGAUGGAAACUGGUUCAUUGGAAGAGAGAACGUGCAGCUCAGAUGUAAUGCUGAUGCAAACCCAUUACCCAUGGAAUUCACGUGGACCAGAUUGGAUGGACACUGGCCUGAAGGAUUGCUGUCUGUCAACAACACUCUGCAGUUCAGCAGCCCAUUGACUUACAACUACACUGGGACUUAUAUCUGUAGGGUGACCAAUUCCCUUGGUCAGAGAAGUGAUCAGAAGACUAUCUACAUACUAGAUCCUCCUACUACUACCACUCGGCUGCCUACGGUUCCCUGGCACACUUCGACUGAUGGCAUCACAGGUUUAGCAACAGAACCUAGAAUAAUAGAGUUCCCAACAGCCACCUUGCCAGCCAUGCAGGAAGACUCUUGGGGUACUGUCAUCGGUAGCGCGGUGGGUGGGGCUCUCUUCCUCAUACUGGUCAGUGUUCUGGUUGGAGUUAUCUGCUAUAGGAGAAGACGGACGUUCCGUGGUGACUACUUUGCUAAUAACUACAUUCCACCAUCAGAUAUGCAGAAAGAGUCUCAAAUAGAUGUUCUUCAGUCAGAUGAUGUGGAUUCUUACCCUGGCAGUAUAAAAAAACAGAUAAAGCAUCACGUGGACACCUUCAUACCUAAAGAUUACUUAGAAGACCUUGAAAAACCAGAGUGGAACAAUCUAGACAAUAUUAACAGGUACCAGGAACGUUAUGAGAGACCCAUGGAUUACUAUGAAGGUGGAACCUUGGGAAUGAAGCAUAUGGGUAGUGAAUGUUAUGAUGACAAUGAAGAAGACUUUGUUUCCCACAUAGAUGGCUCCGUAAUAUCUCGGAGGGAGUGGUAUGUGUAGUGACUGCUGGAACCCAAGCAUACCUACAGCUCAUGUCAUUGACUGAUCACUUUCAGAUUGUUUAUACUUACACAGGAGCAGGAAUAAACCUUUUGAAACUUGAUUUUUUUUUUGAAGGAAUUUUUUUAUAUUGGAACUCGACAAAAAAUAUUGAAUCUGGGGAAAGUGUAUUGGAGCUGCUUUUCUUUUUUUCCCUAUGCUGUACUACUGUUUAUGGUUUGAGUUUUCAUGCAGAGUGCUUAUCUUGGUCUGUGUCAGAGGUUAAAAAGGCUAAAUUAAAGUUGCCAUUCAAAAUUGUUGAAGAAUACAAAGUGGGUGUCUUUGCUCUCUGAUUUCAAAAGAAGCUUACCUGAGGCAACGAUAAAAUAGAAUCUUUUGGGUUGUCUACUUUGCAGAUUAAGUGAAUGACUCCAAUCGAGAUACCACCCAGAGUAAACGUAAUGCUUCUGUAUAGUAAAUACUUUGCCAAUUAAAAUGAGUUACAGCAGAUUCAAAGCUUUAUUUUUAGUUCUUUCUGCACAAAAAAUGAAUACCUCUUCGCAUUUGAAUGAGCCUUCUUGUACUUAAGUCAUUGCACUGAAACUAACUUAUGGACAGAGUUUUGAGAAGUAACUGUGUGAAUAGGUCAAAGGUUUGUCAUUGAAUAAGAUGAGAAGUUAUUUUUAUAGUCAUUGAUUUCUAAAGCUUAUGCUUGUGUCUGUACAUAUACCUACAGUAGGAUUUUUUGUUAAACCUGUAAUUGGGAGAAUGUCAAAGCUCAUUAAUGAUUGCAAGACACUCUUUGCAAGUGCACAGGGUAUAAUUUGAGACCUGUUUCUGAGGCUUUGUGGGAAUCUUGCUGUUGAGUUUGAAACCUGGAGAACUGGACACAAGAAGAAAACUAAGAGAUUUUCAAGCUGGAGGCUAAUACCAUUCUCCUUGUUUUUCCAGGUACCACUAAACAUUAAGCAUGCUAAGAGCUGUCAAAGCAUUUGCUAGAGUUAUACCACCAGGAACUAAACCACCUAUUUUAUGCUGUUCCUGAAUAAAUUAGAGUUGUUACUUUGAAGACAGUAACUAGAAUUUUACAUUAUUGGUAGGAAGUGAACCCUUGUAUUGUCACUUCAUCCACUGAAAAUGUUCUCCAGUGAUUUCAGAGUAGCCUAGAUGUGUUGUGCAGUCUUAGUACCAUGAUGGGUUUGUUUUCCCAUCAAUCAAUAAUGGUUUAACAUCAGGUUUUUGUUCUUUAAAAUGACAUUGGGUGGAAUUAAUGUAGGGCAUCUUGCUUGCCAUCUGAAGUAGUUCUCCUUGGCCAUCAGCAGGAUCACUAAACUAAUUUUGGCAAACGUGUAGAGAGGAAUGAAGUAACUUGAGGUGAAAUACAGAACAACAAUAAAUUCAUAAUUAUAGGUCCUUUUGAAGUGCCAACUUUACACAUUUAGCUCAAGAAAACAAAGCUGGGUAGUAUUUGAAGCUAUUAGUAUUUGAAACCUGGGGAGGGAAAACUGCUGCCUUUAAAACGAAGUAGGCUACCUGAUUACAACAGCUUCAUGAGCAUUCAAGCUGCAAGUUCUGUUCUAUCCUUACUUUUGGUAGCUCACAGCAUUUAGAGCUUCACAAAAAACAGUUGUAUUCAGCACUGUGGCUGCACAUGACUGCAUGUCUUUGAGAAAGAUUUAAGACAACAGCUUUAUUUGAAAGUCAAGUGGAAAAGCAUCACUAAACAACUUGAGUUCCUGUUUGGUUUGGUAGGGUACCUGUACAUUGCUGACCAGUCUCAAGAACAAUAGCAAAUGACAAUUAUAUGUAUCUGUAGUUUGAGUGCAAAAGCAAGGGAAGGAGUUAAAUUUCUAGCAGAAGGUUCUGAUACAAACUCUUUCUGGAAUUAAGAGAUCAAAAAGUCUCUGCAAAUAAAUGCUUAAUAUAUCAUCUUUAAAAGAUGGUGUUACUUGGAAAUAAACAUAACUAGAAACCUGUUUUUCCACAUGGGAUAUCUUGUUUCUGUCUCUGUGGAUUUUUUUUUUUUGUUUGGAUUUCUCUUUUUUAAAUACAUAUUUAAUUCCUCUGAGUUAAGAAUUUGAAAUGUUUUGGAAUUGAAGUUGGUAAUAGGGGUAGGGCUUAUGCGUGUUGCAAUGUUUUGUAUGUUCUGUCUGCUGUAAAAAGAAUUGAUUGUAAGUACAAGUGGUUGUUGUGUGAAUAAACAUUUUCUUUUGUUCUGGAA